CUGUUCCUUCAACUAACAAACCAACCAAGCCGACAAAUUGUAAAUGCGCCAAUCCUAUUGGUUUUUUUUUUACCUAACUCUGAUUUCCCACCAUUAAUAACAUUGAAUAUGGUGACCUAUCCCUCCUUCAACUUCCACCCAAGUAUUAAACAAGCAAGAGAGCCCACAUUCCCCCAUCCAACAUUCGCAUCACAAUCAAUUGGCUUAGCUUCUAGUCUUCAGCAGUCUGUCCUCUUGACUCUUGGUACUAUUUUUGACAUAUAGAAUAGAAGAUGCCCUCAACUUCUGGGAAAUCCGAUGUUCAUUUGAUGGUGAGAUGUUCCCCGAGGUACGAUAUGUUAAAUUUGACCUUAAGACGUUUUCGAGGGUUUUCGUUUCAUCAUGGCACGCGUCCUUAGAUGAAAAGACAUGUUUUUUCAUAUCAAUGGACGUAUUUGUCAACUAUUGAAUUUAUAUGUCGUGAUCAAAUUGUGUGAAUAUCUCCUCAAUGAAGCAAUUUGUUCGUCGUUGUAGAACAAAACGAUUCACGCCAUAUGUAAGUUGAAAUAACAUCAUGAAUUUGAGUCGUAUAAGUCUCUAGACUAUGAGUCAUUAAUCUUUUUUUUUCCUAAUUAAGAUGAUCGCGGAGACGAAAGAUAUUAAGAUCCGCAAAAUUAAGCUCCCCACACAUGGUAAUUUGAUCCUACAAGUUGCCGUUGAUUUGUAGAAUCUUUUAAUUACCGUUGACUCAAAUAAAUAGUGAAAUGUAUAAGAAAAUUUUCGAUACUCCGAAAGUUCUCGAUAACAUAGUGAAAUGAAAAUUAUAAAAUAUAGUUACUUUAUAGAUGUGUUAUUAAACGCAUUUUUGUUAACUACACUAAAAAAACAUUAUCUAAUAAAUUUUCAUUUUUCAGGCACAAAGACACGUAGGAAUCCUUCCCCAAUCAGUUGGUUCCACGCUUUCCAGGUGUGAUAUUUACGUUCUUUGUUUAUUUAUAUAUUUUUUAUAUUUCUCUAAUAUUGCCUAUUAAGUAUUAACUACUUGCCUCAUUUUUCUCUCUUCUUUUCCUGGUGGAAAAAUUCCCUUCAUUUAUUUAAAAGCAGCGCUUCUGGCACAAGGACAAAAAAAAAAGUAGGAGAAAAGGAAACCGUUGAGUUGGCUUUAAUUUCCAAAACUCAGCGUAGUGGUGACGUUCGCCGCCGCCGACGACGAUGGCAAUUGCGGACCGGCCGAAGUCCUCCAGCGGAGACACGAAGCUCUUCGGUCUUUGUCCCUUCUGGCAGUCAGGGAACGGAACUUCCUCCACUUCCUCUUCCACCCAGAACUUGAAUCAACCCGGUUACCACACCGCCGCCGGCUCCGCCGCGAAAUCUUCCGCCUCGUCGCCGUCAGCCAAGACGGUUUCUUCCGUCGCCAGAUCCCUUCUCCCUGCUCGUCGCCGUCUCCGCCUCGACCCUCACAACCAUCUCUACAUCCCUUAUGAGCCGGGAAAGCAGGUGAGAAGCGCUGUGAGGUUGAAGAAUACUAGCAGGUCGCAUGUUGCUUUCAAGUUCCAAACGACUGCUCCGAAGAGCUGCUACAUGCGCCCGCCGGGCGGCGUUCUCGCUCCGGGAGAAAGCCUAAUCGCAACAGUGUUCAAGUUUGUCGAGCAGCCGGAGAGCAACAGUGAGAAGCAAGCAGCAGGGGGGAUGCAGAAGUGCAGGGACAAGUUCAAAAUCAUGAGUUUGAAGGUUAAAGGAGGGAUGGAAUAUGUGCCUGAGCUUUUUGAAGAGCAGAAGGAGCAAGUGACAGUGGAGAGGAUACUGAGGGUGGUGUUCUUGGAUCCAGAGCGUCCUAAUGCUGCGUUGGAGAAGCUGAAGAGGCAACUGGCUGAAGCAGAAGCUGAUCUGGAAGCACGUAAGAAUAAGCCCCCAGCGGCGGAGACAGGUCCAAAGGUCAUCGGUGAAGGCCUGGUGAUCGAUGAAUGGAAAGAACGGAGGGAGAAAUACUUGGCCAGGCAGCAAGUUGGAGCCGCAGUGGACUCAUCCUGAAGAAGUUUUUAUCCUCUUCUUCUUCCUCCAUGGCAACCAAUGGUGUUUUUUGCGAGUAGAUGGUGGAAGAUUUGUACUGAUCAGUUGGCUGUUCUGAGUGUGGUAUCCCAGCCACUGUAACAGCCCUCCAGUAGUUCUUGAGCCCAUCGCAAUCUGCAUCUGAUUGUAAAUACAUGUUGGUUUCUAGGGUAAGCAAGUAAAAGAGAAAUAAAAAGCUUUUUAGAGACGUAAUGCAAUUCUGUAUAUGAUGAGUAAUUUAAAGCAGUCUGCCUAGCUUUUCAUGGUUGUUUGCCAACAAAUGCUUCUUUAUGUUGACAAAAUGUUUGAUAUUAGCUGAAUCCUCCUGCCUUGUCGAUCAUGUUAGAUUAUCGUUUUAUCCAUCUUAGAACGAGAGCGAUUCAACAAUGUCAACACGCGCUAAACCUCCCCGAUCAGUAUGGUAGAUGACUUGAUGGUUAGAGGAUAACAGGGGUAUGGUGGUGUAGUUGGAACUUGGGUAGAUGGAUUGAAGAGUAGUUGAUUGUCCCGCCUUUACCAGGAUUCAAUGCGGUUUCUGGUCAUCCGUAAUCAAACACCUCCAACUGUCUACGCCUGGCGCUGGCUGGACCCAUAUUGCUGGGACGUCAAUCAAUUUUAGUUGUUGAG